AUGCGCGCCACCGACUUCAUUUCCUACACGGACGCCGAGCUCGACGCCUUCACCUACGAAGCUACACCGCACAAAUGGCCUUUGGCUGUGUUGUCAGAGGUGCGGGAGGAGUUGCAUUGGCGUUUCCUCGAGGAGUUGAAAGAGAUUCUUCGCUUGCUCAAAAAGGAGGCCGGGAGAGAGACCAUGUCGCUGCAGGACAUCAAAUUCUUUGCACUGUUGCCCAACGAGCAUGGUCAUGCCUGGUUGAAACUUCCCCGAACCUUCGACCUCUUGAAUCCCGAGGGCUGGUUUGCUACUGGUGGUUCCUCGAAUCGAACGGCGGCAAGAGCGGAUGCUGCGGCGCAUGACGUGGGAAGGCGGUCGGAGAGUGGAGAAAGGCCCGGGGGUGCGCGCUGGAGCGGAGGACAAGCCUACUCUCAAGGCAUUGCGGGGGCCUCGUUUGUCACAAGAGGAGAUAAAUCAAGCGAAGGCCAGGACACCUAUGGACAAGAAUGGCACGUUGUUGUGCUGGGGCGCACUGGCUCAUCUUGGCGAGGUGGACUCAAAGGCCUCAAGAUCGAAACCAAGGAGACGGUGAACGACAAGAUCAAGGCACUCCGCACCGGCAUGGCCAAGGACAAAGCCGACAAGGUCGUGGAUGGCAAGCGUGCUGGGUCGGACGCCGACAAAGGGGAGACCACGCGCGCUGGGGGCGAAAAGGUCGUCCAGUUCUGGGAUGUCCCGGAAGAGUUCCUGUCGAUUACACCGGCGGAGGAGGACAUGCGACAGAAGAUCCAAGGUCCCGAUCACAGCUGGUUGGAUAACGACGAAGCUCCGUCACGCGCGACUUGGCAGAAGGGCGGUGCUAAGCCGAUUGAACGAGGCCUCGAAUGGGCUGCGGCACGUGUGGCUUUGGAUCCCAACGCGACCUUUGAGGAGUUGGUGGGCGAGAUGGUGACCUACGGCGUCGGCGACAUGGCUGCAGAGGCGUUGGAGCGCGCCACGGAGUGCAAGGCAGAGUCCGAGAAGGGCAUUGCGGUGUCCGAGGCCGAGACCUCCUGGGAGCCAGGGCCAUUGCAGCAGGGGUCCUGUGGCGAAAGCUGGCUCGACAACCUUCAAUGGACGAGGCGGCGGACAAGAGCUGCGAAAUCCGACUUGAUCAAGCACGUCAAGCAGCAGAGGCACAGUCCGCGAUGGGCGAACCAGCGGAGCGAGUGGCUCCCAUUGCGCGUCUACACCCACGACAUGAUCCAUGCCAACCACGACAAGGAUUUCAGGUCGCACGCUGUCUUUCCGAUUCCGGAUUUGGAGGACGGGAAGCUGAUUGUGAUUCGCGCCAAUUAUUCGCGCCAAUUACCUCGGCAACCUGGUGGUGGAGACAGUGACAGGCUCGAUGUGGGCCGAAGGGGGACAUGCUCUACAGUGUCAAGCGAGGCAAAGGCCAACGUGUGGUGGUUUGCACCUCCAUGCACUUCUUUCUGCGAUUGGUCCUUGUUGGAGAACGGAGCAACUCGAACCUUUGAGUGCCCUGAAGGAGGGGCCAAUGGGGCGCCUCUCAAGGAUGCGGAGCGCCUGGGCAACUUGUUGAGCAAGGCUGCGGCGGAGGGCUUCCUGGCAGGUUUGGACGGCGACGCUUUUCCCAUCGCAGAGAGCACGGCGCGCAGUGGAAGGUACCCGAAGAUGUGGGACCUUCCAUGGUGGAAAGCAAUUUUGGCCCGGCCGGAUGUGGACUUCGUUGAGUUUCCAUGUGUGCCUUUGGUUUGGGCCUUUUCAGAAGGCGACGGCUUUUAUCAUCAUCGCACUCGUGUGGUCUUCCGCAAGUGUUCCGCAUUGGCCGCUGCACUGAGCCGCCGUUGCCCGGGAGUCGGUGGAGCACACCGCCAUAUUGCCCUCAAAGGCUCUCGACCGGGUGCUGUGGAGACAGACGAUGCCAGAGCAGCAGGAGAUAUGGGCCCGCUAGACAACAAGCAACAGCCUCAGUUGGCGACAUCCUUGACUUCGCUAGACAACAAUCAGCAACCUCAGUUGCGAGCUCCUGGUUUCGAGUACCCCGCUGCUGAUUCUGCUUGGCCAUCAGUGCAGGCGACAUCCUUGACUUCAACCACCUCCGUGCCAGAAGCGGGCGACAUCCUUGGCUUCAACCGCCUCUGCGCCAGAAGCGCGGGCGACAUCCUUGGCUUCAACCACCUUCGUGCCAGAAGCGCAGGCGACAUCGUGGGCUUCAACCACCUCCGCGACAUCACGGGCUCCAACCACCUCCGUGCCAGACGCGCGGGCGACAUCAUGGGCUUCAACCACCUUUGCGCCAGAAGCGCAGGCGACAUCACGGGCUUCAACCACCUCCGUGCCAGAAGUGCAAGCAGGGCCAUUGGCUUCAACCAUGUCCGUCCCAGAAGCGCGGGCGCCACCACUGGCUCCAAGAACUACCUCUUUGUUCGAGAGUCCCGACUUGCCGGUUCAAGCUUGUGCAUGGGUCAGUUUGUCAGUUUGGAAGGGGAGACCAGGGCCGGGUCUUUGGAACCUCGUUGUGUGGAAGGAUAUCGGGCACCUACGCGAGACGCGAAGGCGGCAGCAGAGGACUACGUGGACCAUGUGCAUGUUCGUGAAGAGAACGGCCUCAACAACCUCGCGGGUGUCGACGAGACCAUCCUCGAUACCAUUUUGCACCCUGACACGCUGGCCUACAUGAGGGAAGUCCGACACAAAGGGUUGGCAGCCAGAUACAAUGGGCCCCGCCAACGGGUGGUUUCGAGUCCAUUCAACGCUGUGGAUAAGAUGCUUCCGGACAGGUCGAUUGCCCCUGACAAGCGUGUUGUUCAUGACCAACGGGGUGUCAAUGCCUUUACGGAGAAGACCUUCCAUCCCCCGGCGCUUCAGCCCAAGCAUGCGCAGGUUGCCAGGUUGGUUUUGUGGAUCAAACGCCGCCUCCCUGGCAUCACGGUCUUGCUUUCGAAACGGGACAUUGCUGGGGCUUUUCGGUUGCUAUGGGUGGACCCUGCGGACGUUGAGCUGUUUGCAGGCGAUCUGCCGUGGUGUCCGGAGCACAUGGAGGGCGAGGUCUUCGCGGAGGGCGAGGAGUUCACGGUCAUCUAUUUGGUGAGGCUUCGAGCUCAUCAUCCGUGCCACGCGAGAAGAGAUUUGUCCUGGGCUUUCGAUAGCAAAAUCCUCGUCGACGACAAUGUGUUGGUUGAACCUUGGGUUGGACUACGGCCAUGCAUAGCUGGCGAUGUGUACGACCAGGGCGUCAUGCAACUGCUCGGGAAGGCCGCAGUCAACAAAGAAAAGAAUGAGAUUGAGGGGCCGUUCCGCACAUUUCAAACCGUGUGUCUCGAUCUCGAGACAUGCUCAGAAGAGGUUCACUUGCCAGAGCGACGGGUUGCAAAAGGAGCUUCUCUCCUUGCUGAGGCGGCUUUCGACUAUGGGGCCAAAGACAUCACCGUCUGGGAGAUCCAGAGGUUUCGAGGCAUCGCCACGGGCUGGACAGUGGUGGUCAAAGGCUUGAAGAAUGAGCUCAAGGCUGCGGACCGGUUCCUCGACCUGGAAACGGACGGAGGCGCGCGAGCUCGACCAAGAGCUUGCUCAUCGGAGGAGGAGGAAGACCAGGCUUGGCGCGACUUGUGGGAACUGUUUGAGGCUUGUCGGUGGCUGUGCGCUAGACCGGAGACGUGGCCGGCCAAGUUUGGGGCAAGCACGCGUGAACUCCUUCCGGUACGUGAGCGUUUGGCCCUGCCUGAUGAGAUCAAGGAGGGUGCUGUCUUCGUCUCUUCGGAUGCCACUAAGGUGGUGAUUGGAGCCAUCGAUUGGACUAAUGGCAAGGUGAUGAGGACGGAUGCUUCUCUGGCGGCGAGAUGGGUUUGGCAGCGCGGCGACCACGAUGGUAAAGUCAUCCUCUACGGCGGCGACAACCAGGUGGUCCGGCAGUGGAUCACGGAAAGGCAGAGCGGCACUGUGUCAGGUCGCCUCAUGGUGCAGCGACGAGGAAUUCCACCAAUGGCUUGGGCAAUGUGGCUUGACUGUGGUCGACAUCGGCCUCUCGACCUUCGACAGGCAGUGGAAGAUUCGGAGAAGUUCGGGCCAUGCUUGCUGGCAUGGGACGUCGACGACCGGGAGGAGCUUCUUCGCUUGAAGGAGCAGAGGUUGAGAAGGGCGAUUCCGACGGCCAUGGUCCCAAACUGGGCAAACCUUCGGGUUGUGGAGCUGGCUGGCGAUGGCAGGUGGCUCUUUGACUUUCUGGAGGCAGCCAACGCGAUGGGUUGCCAGUCACGCCGCGCUGGAUGGGCAAGAGUUGUAGUGAUCGAGGGCCCAAGGGCGGCUGAGUGGGAACGCGUCCGAGGAGUUUUCGAGGGCGCAGGUUGGCAUGUUUUCGAGGGUGAGUUGGUGACGACCGAGUUCGGCGUGGUUGGAAGUCAAUGGAUCAAGCCCACCAAGAUCCUCACUGAUGCUGGCGUGCCCCGCGACCCUCUUCUGCCAGUUGUCAAAGGUCACUAUUGGGACCAAGUCGGGAGGCACAACCUGUACGGCACGGGUGGACCUCUGUUGUGGCCUUUACGGAAGUCGGACUCUCACAUGGUGGAGGACUGCAUUGUGUUCGAUCCGAGAGGACCCCCCGGAAUGGUGCGAAAGCUGGAAGCCGAGGAGGUGUGGUGGUGCCAAGGGCGCACGAGCCAUCAACUUCAGCUGCUUCACCAACAAGGCCUUGAUUCGCAAAAGGCUUUGGUCGAGGGGAACAAGGCGACUGGGGGGCACACUGCCAUGGCAUUGGUCCUUAUGGCCGGGUAUGUUGACCGAAAUGGACCCGACCGAAAGGCUGGUGGGGGGCACGAUCCUUUAGGUGAAGAGGCGCUCACCAAGUUGCUGGAAUGGCUCGGACGAUGGCGACGAGGAAUCUUUCCACGUGCUCAGCUGGUUGGAGAUUGCCGGGCCGGAGGGCGACCAUCGGCGGAGGAUAGCGAGCUCUAUGAAGUGGAGCGGGCCGUUUGGCGAUGGGGCGAGGCUUUAUGGUUGUGGGCCCUGUUCACUGACGAGGACGAGGGCGAGGUCGAUUUUCAUCGAGCCGGAGGGCGACCUGGUGGCAAAGCAGGUGACAAAGCUCGCGAAGCGUGUGGGGAGGCUCAUGUUCAUGAGUCUCCUGUUCAGGUCAGGCCUUUUGAUGGCCUGGUUGGUGACCGCGUGGAAGAAUGGAUUGAGGAGAACCUUGUGGGUUACCAUGCCGACAGCACGACCAAACAGUAUGCGGGCAUCUACGGCAAGUGGAAAGCUUGGUCCCGGCGACAGAAAUGGCACACGGAGUACCUGGACAAGGCACAGCGUGUGGAGACCAACGAGGACAAGAUCCUGGGCUUCUUGGGCUAUCUCGGAUGGCUUGGAUGCUCUGUUGCCACAAUCAAGCAGGCCGUGUUCGCGCUCAAGGACGCGCACAAGCGCGCUGGCAAAGGCAACUCCACCGAAGGCAUGUACCGUUUGUGGAUGCUAUUGGGAGCACUGGACAAGCGGUCAGUCAAGAAACCUCGUCGUUUGGGGGUUACUCCAGAGAUGCUGCGAUGGAUAAAGAGGGUGACAAAUGUUGACUGCGACGAGGUCGGUGACAUCCUCGAUGCGGCGGUGCUGAGGGCUGCAGUGAUGACGGCGUGGUUCUUCAUGCUGCGGGCCAAGGAGUACUGCGACUCGAAUGGCAUCGACUAUGCCAUGAUCCUUCGGGGCGUCGACGUGAAGUUCCUCUUCGACGAUGUGGGGGGCAUCCAGGUCGUGAUCGGGUCACAGUGCAGUUCAGGUGAUGCUGAUUUGUGCGUGGUGGAGGCCCUCGAGGAGCUCAGUCGUUUGGCACCCAGGAGGUUCGGACAUGGACCUGAAGCGCUUCAGCCUUUGUUUCGGUGGGCCAAUGGCACUGUGGUGAAACGUCUGCAGAUCCAGAAUGUCUUGCAGAAGACCGCGAAGGCACUUGGACUGCCUUUCGAGCGCUUCAUGUCCCACUCUCUUCGUAUCGGUGGAGCCUCAGCCUUGUUCCAAGCGACUGGCGAGAUUGAGCUAGUGAAGAGGACUGGAAGGUGGUCUUCGUCAGCUGUGCAGCGGUACUUGCAUGAUGGUGAGGUUGCCUUGAAGGAUGCAGCCAAGAAAAUGGCUACCAUUGAACAGCGAGCUCAUUACACGUGA